AUGAGCGACACUGCCAGCAUUCCUCGCCCGGAGUACCCUAGACCGGACAGGGUUCGUCCAGAUUACCCGCACAAAGUCUUGAAUGGCACGUGGGCCUUUGCCUUUGACGAGGAGGAUCGAGGCAUUGAUGAGCGCUGGAAUAGAGGAGGUGCGCAAGGAGCUGUCCAUCCCGCUUUGGACAAGCAGAUCAUUGUUCCUUUUGCUCAUCAGACCCCAGCUUCGGGUUUGAACGAUGAGAGAGCAUGCGGAGUGGUGUGGUACGCUCGUCAAUUUUCUAUGCUGCAGCUCUUGGUGCAAGAGGCGAUACGGGAUGAAGAGAGGGUGCUGCUGCAUUUCGGAGCGGUGGAUUACGAGACGAAAGUGUGGGUGGAGGGAGAGUUGGUGGUGGAGCAUCGAGGUGGACAUGUUCCCUUUCACGCCGACAUAACCGACGUGCUUCAAGCUGCCAGGGAUGCCAACAAGACGCACGCCUCUGUUACAGUGAGGGCUCGCGACGCGCCACACGACCUUACCCAGCCUCGUGGCAAGCAGUACUGGCGCGCUCAGCCAGAAAGCAUCUUUUACCAUCCUACCACCGGUGAGCCAGCCAGCCAGCCAAAUGAACAGAGCUUGUCUCGUAACAGUCAACAUCAUGACUCAUCACCGCAUCUCUCCUUCUCAUCGACCGCAGGUAUCUGGCAAAGCGUCUGGGUGGAACGUGUUCCUCGAGCCCGCAUCGAGCAUUUCACGCUGGUGCCAGACAUCGAUACGGGCACUCUGAGCGUUCGAGCCGAGACGUUGGGUCUGCACAAAGGUUUGGAAGGGCAGCUCGAAGUGGAAGUUUCGCUGUUGGGCACGACCAUCAGCGCUUCGACAGUGACUGUCGGCUCGAGCACAUCUGAAGCUUUGGCGGUGAUCAGCGUCCGCAUUCCAGCUUCUUCACCUCCCGAAAAGGCUCGCACAAAUUUGAGCGGACCUUUGACCUUUCCGCCCGAGGUGCAUCGACUUGCUUGGACGAAUGGCUUGGCCUUGUGGAGCCCAGAGACACCGACGCUGUACGAUGUUACGCUCAGGCUAAGAACCAAGACCGAUUCGGUCGUGUUGGAUACCGUACGGACCUAUGCUGGAAUGCGAAAGGUCAGCGUGAUCAAUGGACGCUUCUGCUUGAACAACAAGCCUUACUUUAUGGCUUUGGUGAGCACUGCAGAAGAGCUCGCAAUCUGUACGGACUGCUCACUCGAAGAGAUCACAUGCUUUUCGAUCUCCCCCUUCUGCAGAACCUUGACCAGGUGAGCGUACAUCAGGGAGCGCCAGUCCCACGAAACCGGCUGACUGACGGUGCUCACCUCUUGCGUAGGGCUACUGGCCUGACAGCGGUCUGACUCCGCCGACGGCUGAAGCGCUCAAGGUGCGUAGCAAUGUUACUCUCGAGCAGGGAAACUCGGCUCACCGGCAGACAACCUGAACCUUUAUCAGGUGGAUAUCGAGAAGAUGAAGUCGAUCGGGAUGAAGUGAGUGUUGUUUCUAGACUAGCCAGCAUCGCGAUCUUGCUGAUCAUGACGUCUAUUCGCCAGCGGCGCUCGAAAGCACCAGAAGGUGGAAGAUCCCGUAAGCACCUUCGUCUCACCUCGCACGCGAAGAUCGUUGAGGCUUACGUGAUGAAUUUUGAUUUAAAGUACUAUCACUACUGGGCAGACCAGCUUGGCUACCUGGUGUGGGGUGAAGCGGCAAACGCUUACGACUACUCUUCCACCUACUCGUUGCGCUUCAUAGAAGAGUUUACCGCCAGCAUCAGGCGGGAUAUCAACCAUCCUAGCGUAGUGGUGUGGACUCCGAUCAACGAGUCUUGGGGCGUGCCGGAGCUGCAAACGUCUGAGACGCAUCGCAGCCAUAUCGCCGCACUAUACCACCACAUCAAGUCCAUCGACCCUUCCAGACUGAUCUCGGACAAUGAUGGUUGGGAACACGUCACCACCGACCUGUUCACCUUUCACGACUACGCAGAGUAUGCCGCUCUGAAAAAAACGUGCGCAAGCUUGGACACGGUGUUGGGGCCCAAAGCUGGCAGACCUGGGUUUGUGGGGAGCGAAAACAAGUAUUCGGGGCAACCGCUGAUACUGAGCGAGUUUGGCGGGGUUGCCAUCAAUCUCAGCAAGAGCAACGAGGUAUGUCGGGGGGCGGCGCUGUUGUAUUUGGAUGCGUGAGCUUAUUGACGAGUCGUGGAAUCUCCUGACUCUUAUGCCGGCGCAGAAUGCGUGGGGCUAUAAUGAGGCUACAUCGGAAGAGGAUCUGCUGGCGAGAUUGGAAGGGCUCGUCAGCGCCGUAGUCGACUCGCCGCUACAUAUCGACGGCUACGUGUACACGCAGACGGCAGAUAUCGAGACGGAGGUGAGUCGUUGCGACCAAGGACCGCGAUAUGGGUGCCGAUUCGUAAUGCUCAAUGAAUGGCCUCUGCUCUGCGCAAUUUCCGUGAAGGUCAAUGGUCUGCUCACCCCUCGACGCGAGUGGAAGGUGGACGCGGCAAAGCUGAAGGCUAUCUUUUCGCGUCGUCCAGAUCCUGCAAAGGUGGCUUGUUGA